AUGGUCACGGCGAUAGCGCGGCUGCGGCACAGACUUCCUCCGGCAGACGGGCGCUGCUAUCUGAUGGAAACUGCCCGUUUCCCAUGCGUGGACGCCGGCUCGGCGAAAAUUCCUCCCGCCUCCGCCACGGGCAAGGUCACGCAUGAAGGUUCCUCGGGGUGCAGGGCACGGCUGGGAGCGUCCCUGGCUGAGCCUGGUGUGGGACACGGGGGGGGCCACAACCAGGAAUCCUCCCCAGGAGCAGCAGCAGAGCCGGGCAGCACCCACGGGGCCGGCGCGGAUGCUGUAGGAAAAUGUCCCAAGAAGCCUGUGGCGGGGCCAUGGCUGGCACUGCUGACCUUCUCCCUCGGCCUUGCUGCCGACGAGCUGCUGUGCGCGUGCGACGUGCCGCACUGCAGCGUGCCCAACUGCACGGGCAAGGUGUGCUUCGUCAGCAAGCGGCGGGAGGACGGGAGGAUCGUCCAGCACCGGGGCUGCUUCUCCACCAACCUGUUGGAGAACUGCAGCCCGUACGUGAUGGAGCAGUACGGCACCAGGUGCUGCGACUCCAACAUGUGCAACGCCGAGCUGGAGUUCUACCUGCCAGGAGAAGAAGCCCUGGAGAAGGCGCCGUCCCUGUCCAACCUUCUCCUGAUGAUCUUCGUCCCGCUGCUCGCCCUCCUCGUCCUCGUGGCGCUCACGGCGCUUUUCCUCUGGAAGCUGGCCCAGCACCGCCGCGAGAGGCUCCUCUUCAAGCACAGCGACCUGGGGGACACCGACCUCAUGCUCAAAGCCUCCCUGGUGGGAGACAGCACGCUGGAGGACCUGCUGAACGAUGACUGCACCACGGGCAGCGGCUCGGGGCUGCCCUUCCUCGUCCAGAGGACGGUGGCUCGGCAGAUCACCCUCGUGGAGUGCGUGGGCAAAGGGCGCUACGGCGAGGUGUGGCGAGGCGUGUGGCACGGGGAGAACGUGGCCGUGAAGAUCUUCUCCUCCCGGGACGAGCAGUCGUGGUUCCGCGAGACGGAGAUCUACAACACCGUCCUCCUUCGGCACGACAACAUCCUGGGCUUCAUCGCCUCCGACAUGACUUCGAGGAACUCCAGCACCCAGCUGUGGCUCAUCACCCACUACCACGAGAACGGCUCCCUCUACGACUACCUGCAGAGGACGGCCCUGGACGUGGAGACCUGCCUGGGGCUGGCGGCCUCCAUCAUCUGCGGCCUCGUCCACCUCCACGUGGAGAUUUUCGGCACCCAGGGCAAGCCCGCCAUCGCCCACCGCGACCUGAAGAGCAGGAACAUCCUGGUGAAAAGCAACCGGCAGUGCUGCAUCGCCGACCUGGGGCUGGCCGUCAUGCACUCCCAAGGCAGCGACUACCUGGACAUCGGCACCAACCCGCGGGUGGGCACCAAGCGCUACAUGGCCCCCGAGGUGCUGAGCGAGCAGAUCCGCACCGACUGCUUCGAGUCCUACAAGAAGACGGACAUCUGGGCCUACGGGCUGGUGCUCUGGGAGAUCACCCGGCGGACGCGUUAACACGGCAUCGUGGAGGAGUACCGGCCACCCUUCUUCGACGUGGUGCCCAGCGACCCCAGCUUCGAGGACAUGAAGAAGGUGGUGUGCGUCGACCAGCAGACCCCCGUCAUCCCCAACCGCCUCUUCUCUGACUCGGUUCUGUCUGCCCUGGCUAAGGUGAUGAAGGAGUGCUGGUACCAGAGCCCCUCGGCGCGGCUCACGGCCCUGCGGAUCAAAAAGACGCUGAAGAAGCUGCACCACUCCCUGGACAAACCCAAGCAGGAGUGCUGAGCACCGGGGCUGCAGAUUCCCCCCCCCCCCCCAUCAUCAGUGGCCCCCUUGGCUUUUCCCACCCCAGUGGCUUCUAAAUCCGCAAGGUGGAAAAAAAAAAAAGAAAAAAGAAAAAAAGAAAAAAAAAUAGCAAGCAAGAAAUCUUCCAGCCUGUUUAUAAAAAUAUCCCCCGGAGCCGAAAUUUGAUGCUGGCUGGGGAGCACAGCGGGCAGCCUGCGCCCGGCCCCAGCCCACCCCGCAGCCCCCUACCCAGCCGGAUCCAUCCCCGUGCUGUGCCCCAAAGGGGCAGCACCAGGAAUUCCCCAUCAGGACCUGGCACAGCUCUGGGUUUGGGGUUUUUUUGGGGGGGUUUUGCUGGAAAAGGCUGGUCCCAGGGUGCUUCGGGGCCGCUUGGAGCCGUGCGUCCUGGGGAUCCCACGGAGCCACGGGAAGGUGCCGGGGGUUGAGACUGCUGGGGCCCGAGCCCUCACCUGAUGAGCUUUGGCUUUCCGAGCUGUUUGGGUGUUUUCUCAGCAUUUUGGUGUUUUCCAGGCAUUUUCCUACAUUCUCCAGCCGGCUCCUGCUCGCUCCCUGGUCGGGUCAGGGACUACUCACGGCCUCGCCCAGGGCGUUCAACAGAAGGAGACGCGCGCCUUUAUUAUUUAAUUAUUAAGAUUUAAUAUAUUUAAUAAAGCAUCAAGCUAUUUUAUCGCUUCCCAGCUGCACGGCCUCCCCCACCGGGCACCGAGGAGAGGACCCCGCGGCCCGGAGCUUGUGCAUGGCUUAAUUUAUGGCUUCGACACGGGUGUAGCCGUCGUGUAUCGGAUCCCACAAUAAACCUCGCUCCAGCCUCUCCGCAA